AUUACUAAAAAGGAAGGAAGCCAAAGUCACAAAGAUGCCUCUCAAAAUUUCAACUAUUUUUCCUUUUGGGUGAUUUUUAUUUUUCUAUGUAUUAUUAUUAUUAUUAUACACCAAAAAAAAGCCACCCAACCAAUAGUUCUUCACCUCCACCAUCCCCACAAAACAAAUCAAACAUAAAUACCCAAAAAAUUAAAAAUAAAAGAAACCAAAAAAGUUCUCUAAAAUCAUUAUUUAAUUAUUUGGGUAUAUUAUUUAUUUAUUUAUUUUGAAAAAUAAAAAUUAUAUUUUAUCAUAACAACUAGUCUACUACUAAUAUUUAUUUCUUUAUUUUUUGAGAAAUAUUUAUUUAUUAUAUUUUUGUUGUCUUAGAAAGAGAAAAUAAAUCUACAAAUUAAUUAAAUAAAAUUAAAAAAAAGCCAUUUCAAUUCAAAGUCACUCCUCUUUUCAAUAAAUUGAAUUUUAAGCCUAAAAAAUUGAGACAAUCGUUAUCUUCUACCUAGGGUUCCCUUCUUCCCUUUGUUUCCCUUCUCAAAUCCAACCCUAGAAUUUUAAAAAUUAAGAAAAUUUCUGUCAUGAAUCACUGUACAGAUCUUUUCUAACAUCCUAACAAUAACCCUAGAAAUUUGGGUUUACAAAAGGUUUUAUCUUUCUUUCGUUUGUUGGUUUUGGGUUUCUGAUUAGUGUAAAAGGUUUAGAUUUUAUUACUUUUCUCUGAUUUGACUUAGGAAGGAAGAGAGUUAGUGGUGUUUUGAUUCUUGGGUUUUGGUUUGCUAUUUGGGUUCGAUUUUUAUUUUAUAUGUUAUUUGAAGUAUUAGACUUAGAGCCUAGAGAGGUGUAGAUAUGGAAGCGUUCGAGCGUGGGAGUAGUAUUCAAGAAACUCCCAAUCAUGAAGAUCUCAAGCAAUUGGGAAAUGAUUCCACAGGUGAGGUUUUUGAUGCUUCACAAUAUGCAUUCUUUGGAAAUGAUGUCCUUGAAGAAGUUGAGUUAGGAGGAUUAGAUGAUGAAGAAGUGGAAAUGCCUGCUACUGGGUUUGAGGAAGAGGAGUUUCUUUAUGGUAAAGAAGAGGCUCCUAUCUCAAGGUCUCUAUCUGAUAUUGAUAGCCUAGCAAGUGCAUUUUCAAAGGUAGUAAGUGGAUCGAGAAACAUGGGGCCAGUUGGUGAUGUUGUAUCCAGAGAAAGCUCAUCUGUUACAGAAUGGGCACAAGAGGAGUUUCCGAAUUGGAAUGACCAUCAGAUGAUAGAAAGUGAUAGCAUGUCUGAAGGCAAAAGGUGGUCUUCACAGCCAUUUUCUUCAGCUGCUCGCCUCCUAGAAUCAAACUCUUUGUACAGAACUUCAUCGUAUCCUGAGCAGCAACAGCAACAGCAGCAAUACCAACACCAACAACAACAUCAACCACACUUUUCCAGUGAACCUAUUCCAGUGCCUAAAUCUUCCUUCACUUCUUAUCCUCCACCAGGUGGCAGAUCUCAACAAGCAUCACCUAAUCAACAUUCAGGUCACCCGAAUAUGCCGUAUCUUGCUGGAGGACCUCAGGGGGGAUUAUCUUCACCAAACCUUUCGCCAUUUUCUAACUCACAGCUUCAACUGGCCGGGUUACCUCAUGGAUCUCAUUUUGGUGGAAGUGUGCCACAACUUACUCCUGGUCUGUCUGCUAAUAAUAACCGGAUGCCGAACCAAUGGGCUAAUCAAUCUGGCAUGUAUCCAGGAGAUCACCCUGGAAUGUUAAAUAGUAUGUUACAGCAACAGUUGUCUCAUCAAAAUGGUAUAAUGCCUCCACAGAUAAUGGCUCAGCAGCAGCAGCAGCAGCAGCAACAGAGAAUGCACCAUUCAGUUCAGCCAUCAUUUAACCAUAUGUCAGGAAUGCAGUCUCAAUUAUUUAAUCCUCAUCUUCCCCCUUCCCCACCUUUAAUGGGCAAAUUUGAUGCAAUGCUCGGUCCUGGUGAUCAAAGACCGAAAAUGGUUCAGAAAGGCAGACCCUUUCGAUUUCCUCAGAUGGGUUCUGAUAUGAAUAACCAUAGGAAUGAUGUUGGGUGGCCACAGUACAGAUCCAAGUACAUGACAUCUGAUGAAAUUGAGGGUAUUCUCAGAAUGCAACUUGCUGCAACACAUAGUAAUGACCCAUAUGUAGAUGAUUAUUACCAUCAGGCCAGUCUUGCUAAAAAAUCUUCUGGCGCUAAGCUGAGACAUCAUUUUUGCCCAAACCACUUGAGGGAUCUUCCACCACGAGCACGACCUAAUAAUGAACCACAUGCUUUUCUUCAGGUUGAUGCUCUUGGGAGGAUUCCCUUCUCUUCUAUUCGUAGGCCUCGUCCUCUUCUUGAAGUGGACAGUCCAACUUUAUCAGGCUCUGGGGGUACUGAACAGAAGGAUACUGAGAAGCCCUUAGAGCAGGAACCAAUGCUUGCUGCUAGAGUUGCGAUUGAGGAUGGGCUCUGUCUUCUUCUUGAUGUAGAUGACAUUGACCGCUUCUUGCAAUUCAAUCUGCUCCCUGACAGUGGAACGCAAUUGAGACGUAGGCGACAGGCUGUGUUGGAAGGGCUUGCUGCAUCACUUCAGUUGGUUGAUCCACUUGGGAAAAAUAGUCAUACAGUUGGGCCUGUUCCAAAGGAUGAUCUUGUGUUCUUAAGAUUAGUCUCUCUACACAAGGGUCGUAAACUUUUGGCACGGUACCUUCAGCUUCUAUUCCCUGGUGGUGAUCUCAUGCGAAUAGUUUGUAUGGCCAUAUUCCGUCACUUACGGUUCUUGUUUGGUGGACUACCCUCUGAUCCUGGAGCAGCAGAAACUACAGAUAACCUUGCAAAGGUUGUUGCAACAUGCAUUUGUGAAAUGGACCUUGGUUCUCUUAGUGCUUGUCUUGCAGCAGUGGUUUGUUCAUCCGAACAGCCUCCACUUCGUCCUCUUGGCAGUUCUUCUGGAGACGGGGCUUCUCUAAUCCUGAAAUCAGUUCUUGAGAGAGCAACUGAACUAUUGACAGAUCCCCAUGUUGCUAGCAACUAUAAUAUGACAAACCGAUCUCUUUGGCAGGCUUCAUUUGAUGAAUUUUUUGGCCUUUUAACUAAGUAUUGCGUAAAUAAGUUCGAUAGUAUCAUGCAGUCUCUUCUUGUUCAGGGCCCAACCAAUAUGGCUGCUAUAGGAGCAGAUGCAGCAAGAUCUAUUAGUCGUGAAUUGCCAGUAGAACUUUUGCGCGCAAGUCUUCCACACACCAAUGAUCAACAGAGGCAAGUAUUGUUGGAUUUCACUCGACGAUCCAUGGCUGUGUCUGGAUCUAACAUUCACAAUGGAGGAAAUGAUGGACGGAUGAAUUCAGAAUCAGUACCGAGUUAACAGUGGAGCAUACAAGUUUUUGUGGAAGAACUGAGAUACUGUACUUUAAAAAGUGAAAAAAAAACAAACAAACAGAGAAUAUCCGAUACGUGCACACGUUGUUUGAGCAGCAAACUUGUUUGCAUAUCUUUUGCUCUUCUACUACUACUAGUGAUAUGGUAAUUAGCAACACCGGACAGUAAUAAUGUUGAGUAUAUGAAGGGCAUAGCAUUGUUGGGGGUAAGUUUUAGUUGUCUGUAGAUUUUAUAUGGUUUUGUCCCAUAUUACAUGUUUACUGGUUUGGGAUAUAACUAGUUAGCAGGCCCUUCCUUCCUUCCUUUGUCUUUCUACAUUUUUUUUCUUUCCUUUUCUCUUUCUUAAAUUCUUAUGGAUUUUGCCUUUUUCUUUUUUUC